GUCGAAUCAUCCAGUGGUUGAGAAGGCAGAAACAUGAAGGCGUUUUUGGUGUUUGUAGCUUGUCUAGGCUUGGCUGUUGCCAGUACUGCCGACGCUAAAGAUAAGAAAGUCGAAGUUAAUGAAAAGAAAAACUUAAAACGUCAUAUUGACCACUACAGCGGCCCUAAGCAGCUACGGAGGAGAUCUUUCCGGUCACAGCCUUUCCAGCUAUGGUGGCGACCUCUCAAGUCAUAGCACUGGUCUCUCUGGGUACGGUAGCGGUCUUUCAGGAUAUAGCAGUGGAUAUUCAUCUGAAUACAGCAGCGGAUCUCAUGGAUAUGGUGGCGAUGUAUCUGGAUACAGUAGCGGAUCCCAUGGAUACGGUGGUGAUCUAUCCAGUUACAGCAGCGGAUCCUAUGGAUACGGUGGCGAUGUUUCUGGAUACAAUGGUAACUUAAAUGGAGGUCUAUUAGGAGGAUCAGGUUCUUUAUCUUAUGGAUAUCAACAAUCAGUAGCUCCAGUAUCCCACAACGUUCACAGCACACACGAAUUUCGCCGUGUCACCCAAAAAGUUCCAGUACCAGUUCCUCAACCUUACCCUGUUACCGUUACCAAAACCGUUCAGGUUCCACAACCAGUACCCGUGGAAGUUCCAAGACCAUACCCUGUACCAGUCAAGGUUCCCGUACCCUACGAAGUACCUAAGCCAUACGAAGUCAAAGUUCCCCAACCAGUAGCAGUCCCUGUUAAAGUUCACGUACCCGUGGAAGUACCAAAACCAUAUCCAGUUCAUAUUACUAAAACCAUACCUGUUCCAGUAGAAAAGAAAGUAUACGUCAAGGAAUUGGUACGAGUACCACACCCAGUACCACAACCCUACCCUGUGCACGUAACCAAGUAUGAACAAGUACAAGUACCUACUCCUGUUUACGUAAAAGAGCGAAAAGUAGUACACACUUACUCUAACGGAUACCAAAAUGAGGCACAAAUCCCACAAUAUGCAAAUGGUGGCUACGAUGCUUCAUCAUUCAGUAGCUCUCUUGGAAGUUAUGGAUCUGGUUACGGAUCCGGUUAUGGAUCUGGUUAUGGAUCUUCUUAUGGUUAUGGAGGUCUUGGCAGCUCAAGCUACAAUAACUUAGGAAGUUAUGGCAAUAGCUAUAAUUCUUUAAGUAGUUCUAGUGGAAGCAAUUUAGGAUAUGGCAGCUUGGGAAGUUCCAGCUUGGGUAGUUUUGGUGGUUCCAGCGGUCACUUGGUAGGUGGUCAUGGAGAUUGUGGUCACGGAGUGCAUUCCUAUGGUUUAGGCGACCAAAGCUCUCAUUACAGCCACAGCUACGGUCAGAGCCAAGCCUUCGGUCAUGGUGAAGACUACAGUGGUGUUUUGAAAUCAUAUAUUCCAAGCAAAUUGGGUGGUUACAACAAAAAAUGGUGAAAUUGUGUAUAAUUUUUAAUAAAAUAAAUCUUUAAAUUAUAAAA